CUCGUCGCGGCCCAGGCUCGCCGCUUGGCAAUGGGGAGGCUGUCCGUUCCAGACGUGUUGCGGCGUCCCCGGUGGCACCACGGUGACUGUGUGCUCCCAGGGGACGGCAGACACGCGUCCGACAAGAACAGCAUCGUGCGAGUGGACCCCCCGACUCCAACUCGGGGCGAGCGCGCGCCGGAUUGCCAGGAGAACUGCGGCCAUCAGACACUCCCCAAGUGCAGCACAGGAUACGUCGGGCUUGUCCCACUAUCGUCGCUGGUAUUGUCAGCAUCAUCCCCACCACACCGCCACUCCUCACCACCAUCCGUAUCCAUUUGGGCUUGCGCGGCUGGUGAGAAGAGUAUUGGUCAAUGAACGGCGAAUGCUCCGUCACACAAGCGAGGCUUAAAACCCAAAGCCGUUCGCUUCGUCCGCUCGCGGAAGGAUUCAUAGCGACCAGCGCCAGCAUUCGCACGCGUGCUGGCGAGGUCGGACCCAUGUCUUCAAGGUCUCGCCUCCAUCGCCUGCUCACUGCCGCGUGGGUCGCGACUGUGGCCUCUGGCGCGAAGGCGCCGCAGCUUCGUGUGCGACAGGCGGGCACAGCAGCCGUCAGGCCCAGCAGCCUGGCCGGAAGUUCCGCGACGGCGGCGGCAUCGGACGUUGCGUGAUGGGGGAGCGAGGUAAUCGUGGGGGGGGGGUGGCGGCAGAGGGUGCGCCUCCCGUGCCCAGACCGGGCCCCCCGUGGCCCAAGAGGGGCACGUAAGGCCAGGGUCGCUCCCCCUCCCCCAGCUUAUCGCCCCCCCCGUUGAGCAACGCCCGACGGCAGCGGGCUGUGCGUCGGCGGCGCGCCUGCCCCAGGCGGAGGUGUUCAACAGGACGCUGCUGUGGCGGGAGGAAGGUCUCGCCCCGGUUCUCCGGGAGUACAGCGUGUACAUCCCCGAGAGCUACAGGCCCGGGGCGCCCAGCGGCCUCGUCCUGGUGUUCCACGGCUGGGGCGACCCCUCCAAAGGGGUGCAGAUGGGCAUGGGGCCCUGGCCCAGUUAUUACCACUCCUUCUACGACUACCGCAGGGCUGCAGAGAGCAGCGGGUUCAUCACGGUGUACCCGGUAGGGCUCUCCGACUGCCGGGGCAAGGAGUGUUUCGAUACGCAGAACAAGAGGGGGUAUGAGUCUUGGAACGCAACAGGGUCAACGUCGUCUAGAGAUGGUGGCAAUGCCACAUGCGACUUGAGCGUCAAGGAAGGCAACACCUGUUACCGUAGCACAGCUAUCAGAAAAGGAGGGUGCCACAAAUGUGAUUGGACAACUGGGUACAACGAUGUCGGAUUCGUUCAGCAGUUAGUUGACGAGUUGAAGUCUACACUGUGUGUUGACCCCAAGCGCAUUUUUGCCACGGGUUGCUCCAACGGCGGCAUGUUCGUUCACGAUUUGGCGAAGCAUAUGUCAGGGACGUUUGCGGCUGUGGCUGCCAAUUGUGCUGGGAAGCCACACAAAGGUUUCGAGACAUUGCCAGAAGGUCUUCCUAUCUCAAUGAUGCUCGUCACAGGCAAGCAGGAUCAUACUAUCCGCGGGCUCGGUAUCUCCGUGGGCCAGGCCUGGUGGGACGGCUUUAAGUAUGCGAGCAGAGCGGAUGUUUUCGAAGCUUAUCGUGUGCGCAACCGGUGCCCACGCGACAUGGCAAAGAGAAGCUACAUUUCGAUGCGGGCAGUACGCAGGCCGAGCACGAGGAUGAGGGGCGGCUUGGCUGGCGGCGGCACCGUCCUCACGCAGAACGGAUCCGACGUGACGAGUGAGAAUGCGGGUUACCAUGAGCACUCGAUGUCUUGCUACCAGCUCUACUACGGGUGCGCUGGCAAUUCAAGCCUUGUGUCUUGUGAGUGGGAUGGUGGGCACGACAUCAUGCAGGGCGAGCCGUCCGCUACGUAUGGCUUCUUCGCCCAGCACCCGCGUAGUUGAGCCGACCAUUGCGCGUGGCACUGUUGUUGUUGGGGUUGACGGCCAGACCUAUGGGCCCCCCAACCGCCACCUCCGGCACAAGAAGCCGUAGGGUGGAAGCAAUAGACAAAGACCGAGCGCCUACCGAGACCACAGGAAGGAUGUGGCAUGGCGGCCAACAAGAAAACAAGCCCAC